CCUCCAGUGACCGUUUAUUGUAUAUUUAAUACUAUGGUAUAUUUUGAAGCUGAAAUUGACCCGAAAGCACGGUAAAGGUAUGAUGCAAUUCGUGGACCAUGUUCCUGUUCACAAAGGCGAAUCUCAUACGCAUUUUGGCCGGCGCAAUAUGCUUGUUGCUGGUGCUUAACUUUGUGGGCUUCCGAACCGACGGAGCCAGCAGCACCUCUCUCAGCAAGCUCAGCAUCCGGCGCGUGCACAAAUAUGCGCAUAUCUAUGGGAACGCCAGCAAUGGAGAAGGCUCCGCCAGGCUGCCUGCCGCUCCGCUUGCCUUGUCCAAGGAGAGGGAGCAGGAGAAGGAGCGGGAGCAGGGACUGCACGGCGCACCCAACUCCACCUUAAUGACUGUGAUUGCGAUUGCAAACUUUACUUCCAUUCCACAAGACUUAUCGCGUUUCCCGCUGAGCACGCACAAGCCGCUGCCAACGUUGGGACAGAAAUCCACUUCCGCCCUCCUCCUAGCCAACUGCACUGAUCCCGAUCCCCGCGAUGGUGGACCCGUCACUCCCAACACCACUCUAGAAUCAUUGGAUGUAAUCGAGGCCGAGCUGGGACCUCUACUGCGCCCUGGCGGCGCCUUCCAGCCUGACAAUUGCAAUCCGCAACAUCAUGUGGCCAUUGUGGUGCCCUUUCGCGAUCGUUACGCCCAUCUGUCCGUCUUCCUGCGCAACAUUCAUCCGUUCCUCAUGCGCCAACGCAUCGCAUAUCGCAUCUUUAUUGUGGAGCAAACGAACGGGAAGCCGUUCAAUCGGGCCGCCAUGAUGAACAUUGGUUACUUGGAGGCCUUAAAACUGUAUCAGUGGGAUUGCUUUAUAUUCCACGAUGUGGAUUUGCUGCCACUAGACGAUCGCAAUCUGUACAAUUGUCCACGUCAGCCGCGGCACAUGUCCGUGGCGAUAGAUACGCUGAAUUUCAGGUUGCCUUAUCGAUCCAUUUUCGGUGGUGUGUCUGCCAUGACGCGUGAGCACUUUCAGGCGGUGAAUGGGUUCUCCAACUCAUUUUUCGGCUGGGGCGGCGAGGACGAUGAUAUGUCCAAUCGGCUGAAGCAUGCCAAUCUAUUCAUAUCAAGGUAUCCGGUCAACAUAGCCCGCUACAAGAUGCUGAAGCAUCAAAAGGAGAAGGCCAAUCCCAAGCGCUAUGAGAACCUGCAGAAUGGCAUGAGCAAGAUAGAACAGGAUGGCAUUAACUCGAUCAAGUAUGCCAUUUAUAGCAUCAAGGAGUUCCCGACUUUCACUUGGUAUUUAGCUGAGCUAAAGAACUCCGAGCGCAAGAGCUAACCUGUGCAAUAUAUACAUAGAGAGGAAUGUGCAAUAUGCAGUAUGUACAAAGGACAACAUUACUUUCACGAACAUAGUCUCUUUUUAAAUAGAAGAACAGGAUUAGGAGGCAGCCCCUCCUACCCUAUAUAUAUAUAGACACACAUAUUGUGUAAUAUGGUAGCAAGUCCAAGUAACUAUACUCGUAGUAUAUAUACUUUUUAAUCCAUCAUUUAGCUUCGAUUCGUACUCAACAGAAAACCAGAAUAAGAACUCGUCUUCUUCUCCGUAGCAAUUAUCCUAACGUUCCACUACUCAACAGUGCUCAAUGAUACUUAUUAUAUAUUUAUACUAUCGUUUCUUUGUUAUUUUGUUUAUCUUUGUUUUUUAUUUUGUUUUCAAAUUUGAUCAGACUUCUCGAAAAAAAAGACAUACCUAACACCUACACUCCUUCAAGGUGAAAAUGUAGAUAUUACUUUUGUGAUAUGCAAAUUGUUAUUCGAUCAAAACCGAUUUAUACCAAAAUAAAGAACUUUUACUAUACCAAAUAGGUCGAGCUGUUUCUAUAACCAUCCAUUCAAAGAGUUCAUUGCUUCUUCGUUUGUUAGAUCUCGUUUUUUUUUAUUAUUAUUAUUAUUAUGGUUACUACGUGUAUUAGAGGAUAGUAUGUAUGGCUCCAUAAGGACUGCUUUGCCUUUUAAGUCGCAGCUUACAUAUGGUUUAUAUGAUUAGUCGGGUUUUCGGGGGCACUGGCGAAACAAAUAAUAUAUAGUAGGGGUAAUGGCGUGGGGAAUUGGAUUCCGCAUGGCUCAUUUAUUAGUGUUUUGGCAUUACAGUUAAAUCAAAUUGGCAAUCGAGUAACUUUUCUGGGAAUAUUUACUGGGCAUCGUGUAAAUGCUUGAGCAAAGAAAUUUGCAAAACCGGAUCCGGAAAAUAAGUAUAAAAACAACAACGCGGGCUUCACAAAUUAUAUACAUAGACAAUAACGUACGUAACAUAUAGAUAUAGACACACACAAUUGUAGAAUUUACGCAACCAAUUGGCAGG